GCUUGGAUUUGAAAAUAACACAGUCGCAGCAGAAACGGCAGAAUCAACGGCAGCAAAGAGGGACCCGACAUUUCUAUCCGUUCAUCAAAGAUCCUGGGAGGAUGCAAGGAAGCUUCUCAUAUCUCUUACACUCCAGACUGGGAUCCGAUGUUAAUCUGGAAAAAGAGCGACAACAUUUGAUUCAGCAGCAGAAGUUAAGCAAGGCCCGGGCUCGGAAAUGUUUGCUGGAAACGAAUCGACGGAGAAAGGCUUUGGAAGAACGACAGAAACAACUGGAAAUUCAGGAGGAGCGGCUGAGAGAGAACAUCCUGCAACAGCGCAGACAGAGAGUGGAGGAUGCAACCAAGCGCUUUCAGAGAGCCAAUCUAUCACCAUCCCAGAGAUACAGGCAAACUUUCAGAAACAAGGCUACUAAUAUUGAAGACGCACUCAGUCAAAUCCAAAGCUCCUUGGCUUCGUAUAACCAAGACUCCUCUGCACUGUCCACAGCAAAUACUCAUGGUUGCCCUUAUUCUACAAAGCCUCCCACAGAUUCUAAAUCCUCUCACCGCCAAGCGCUCUCUGCUGUGGAGGCCUACACUAAGCUGCUUCAGGAGCAGUGCACCAUAGAGGAGGGAAGCCAGCAUUCUGAUUCCUUGGUUUCUGAAAGCCUGUCAAGUAAGGACAGUUUGGAAGAUGAGGAUGAAAGCCCAUUAAAUCUGCACAGCUCCUAUUCAUCAUUCUUUCUAGAUUCAGAGAACCAGAAAAAACAAACUGAUCUGAAUUCAACAUCAGACCAAACUGCAGUCUCAGCGAUGAUGCUUCUUGAUCCAAAUCCAGCCAAACUUAGAAAAUGUGAGGAUUGCGAGCCAGAAAACCAAGAGAAUUCUAAUCGUUGGACUAAUAACAACAUGGUUGUAUCCAAAACCUCUCUGAGGUUCUCAUCUGAGAAGCGAACACCAAAUGUAGAUAACCCCCUAACUCUUAAGCAUUGUGAUCCAUUAACUCGUUCCUCCCCUCUUAAUAGAGACUCAGUGCAUUUGAUGAACAGUCAAAGCAAAAACCUUCUGGUAACAAAUGAAGUUGGUACUGUUGAUGCUGAAGAGGAAGCUUUAUGUCCGAAAAAAGAUCCUGCUAGAUCUCAGAUCAAUGAUAGUCAAUUAAACUAUUCCUCCACUCAGUACAAUAAUUUCUCUCAUGAAAACAGCUUUCCAUUUGAGUCACCGAUGAAAAAAAGCACAGCCAAUGAUCACCCAAAUGAUACAUUCUUUUUCCAUAUAGAGAAAGAAAAUUUCCACCUGUCAUCAAAGAAAGAAAUCUGUGCUUCCAUAAAUAAUCUCAAUAAGGUCUCGAACUUAAUAUUUGAAACAGAGAAGCCUAAAAAUGCAUCAUUGCCAUCAUAUUCAGACCCAUCUAAUAUUCAGAUAGAGACAGAGAACUGCCCAAAAGAAGAAGAUAUCAGACUACCUAUUUCAAUGCCCCCCUCUGUGUCAAUAUGUGAUAUCAGAUUUCUUAAAGGAAUCCUCAAAAAACAGUCUAAAUAUACUAUAGAAGAUCCCUGUUUGCAUGAUUCGGGGGGUUUAACAUUGGCAAAACAUGUAGCAUUAGCAAUAAGAGACAGUAUUGAAUUGACAAGAGCAAAAACAAAAGAUGUGGUGGUCAAUAACACCAUGAAAAAAAAGCUUCGUUGGUUUGAUGAGGUGCUUCCAGAUAAGGCGGGUAAAGAGCAAAACAAAAUGAAACAGGAUAAAGGCAUGUCUCACAGUCUUUUUAAUCCAAAAAACGGCUCAAAGGACCACCAUCAAGUUCUUACUACAGAGGCCGAGUCUUCAAAGCCUGCAUCGGGAAUGACCCCCACAGAUCCUGCUGGUUAUCACUUUACAAAAGAAGCAUGGGCAGAUGUUGGGGUUCAAGUAAACUUGCCCCAGGAGCAAGCAGACGAGGUCAAGGCGCAGCGUACCAACACCAGGACUGUUGGACCAAAGGUUCCUCGGAGAACUCAUAAUGCCACUGUUGUUGGGGGUCCUAUUUCCUCCGUGACAAGAAAGGGCACUGUCAUACGACCUCAAUCUGCCAGAGAGGUGAGUCAGAUUGUCAAAACCCAAGGGAAGAUCAUGGUGCCCCGCCCACCUCCUCGGACAGAGCCGAUGGGAGAAAAAAAAGCAUGCAUCAGAAAGACUCCAUAUGGCACCAACCACCCUGGCAUUGAUCAUAAAGAGCCACUCGCUGCACAAGAGGCUCAGUACAAGAACAAUUUCGCAGAUGUUUUCACAUCUAACAGUCAUCCUCCAGUCCCAGCAGAUCCUACCGUUAUGUACACAAUAACACCACGCUCAUAUCCCUGCCCAGUCUGCCCACACUCCGACAGCAUUGCAAAAUGCACACCCAGUUCAAGACAUCAGGAGACACACAACAGCAAAGGAAAAGGGACGAUGAAUGAGAAAGGCGUCUGUUUACAUAGAACCCCCACAGAUGAAGAGAUUCUUCACGUCUGGCAUGGAGUCCGCAGCGCCCUAAACACAAAGGAUGAUAAACCUGCACUUAAAAAGCAAGCCCUGGAGAGCAGGCGAGUCUGCGGGAAAUCCUGUGCCGAGCAGAGCAGACAACCUCCUGGCUCAGGAAGUAGAAGAUUUCUUCAAAGCUUUCAGUAUAUGAACCAGAACUCUGAGCUAAUGAGACCUGGUCCAAGGAAUUGCAACAUAGUGUCUCGAAAUGAAGGUUUUGAGAGUGCAGCCCGGUUACACAUGGCUGAAGUGCAUCCUGAAGGCCUUGUUAAACCGAAUCAGACUGUGGCCAUCAUGAAAGCACAGAGGCCUGAAAUAGCACAGCAGGAGCUCACCACUCUUUCUUUUGAAGAGAAGAAAAUCAUGCUCUCUCUGGACAAACUCAACCACCAGCUGUACUGUUUGAAGGAACAUCAGGUAGGCAGACCUGGCAAUAAUGGUCAAUUAAUAAUCGGUAUACCCUUUACCGAAGAAGUCAAAGUUUCGAAUAAUCUCAAGCACCGGAUAUCUUCUGCAAACCAGCUUCAUUACCAAAAGAAAAUGUGACAUGUUUGACUCUUCACACCCACCAGUUCUAAUAUAAAGGUUUUACAUUAAAUAAUUAUUUGACAAAA